AUGUGGUCUUCGUAUUACAAAGCGGUGUGGACAGACACGAAGGAAGGAGCAGAGAUCGAGGCGCCCAAGAAAAAGGGCCAGACUGAGCUCCUCAAACGAUCAGAACCCAUUUCCUCCGAUGGUCCCCACGCUGUUAGGAAAGUGGUUAAGUAUGGGCUUACGUUGAGCGGUGAGACCUUUCAGGACGGCAUCUCCAUAUCACGCAAAACACCCCCCGUCGACGGAUCAUCGCUGCAAAGGGUAUUUACAGUCAAAAGAAGAUCAGGGACGACCAUCCACUGCCUAAGCUGUACCCAAUUUCUCCAUGACAGACCAUGCUACUAUUUCACCUGCCCGCAGAGUUGUGAAGGGGGCCGUAACUCAAUACGGAAAUGGGAGUUGCGGGCACUUCGACGUUCUGAGGAGUCCGUAUAUUAG